UUUAAGCAAACAUUAAACAUCUGAGUUACAGCAGUAGCCUGGUACAUGCAAUCAUUUUAAAGCCACAAAUGUGUUUGUUUUUCCCAAGAAAAAUGCUUAUAAUGAUUAAAAAAAACAAUGCGCUACAGUUAAAAUCCGGCUCAUGACCUUUCACCUUUUCCCAGUGUUUGUUCGUAGCAGUAAUGGACGGAAGACAUGACCCUCCUUGUAGCAGAACAGGCCGCGUGAGUUCAACAAAGCAGCUCACUUUCGCAACAACAGUGACCGAGGUGAAGGCGGAAGGUGAACGCGAGCUACACAACUUCCCAACAGCUCUUGCAGGUGUGAUGGCAGUCGGAAGGUUGAUGACUGCAAACACGUGGCUUUAGGGGUGCAAGCGCUGCUCGGGCCGGCACCAUGCAGCAAAAGGGAGCAAUCCAAAUUAUCGAAUGGGAGGACCUGGACAAGAGGAAGUUCUACUCCCUGGGGGUGUUUAUGACCUUGACCACCAGGGCCACGGUGUACCCGGCCAGCGUCAUCCGUACUCGUCUCCAGGUGCAGAAGGGGAAGGCCCUCUACACCGGCACUUUAGAUGCUUUUUGCAAGAUCCUGCGAGCAGAGGGCGUGCAAGGACUCUACCGUGGCUUCAUGGUCAACACGUUCACGCUGAUCUCAGGACAGGCUUAUAUCACCACCUACGAACUAGUGCGCAAAUAUGUGUCCCAGUAUUCGCCCAGUAACACGGUGAAAUCAGUGGUGGCAGGAGGGUCAGCGUCCCUGGUGGCCCAGACCAUCACUGUGCCCAUAGAUGUGGUGUCCCAGCAUCUGAUGAUGCAAGGACAGGGGGAACACCUGACUCGCUUCAAGACCAAACCCAAAAUGGUGCUUGCAGCGUCUAAACGCAGACUGACUUUUGGGCAAACCCGUGACAUUACAGUGCAGAUAUUUGCAGCUGAUGGUUUCAGGGGAUUUUACAGGGGCUACGUGGCAUCGCUACUCACGUACAUCCCAAACAGUGCACUCUGGUGGCCUUUUUAUCAUUUUUACGCAGAGCAGCUGUCCUUGAUGGCACCCACUGACUGCCCUCACCUGAUUCUGCAGGCUGUGGCCGGACCAAUGGCAGCAGCGACCGCCUCUACCAUCACCAACCCCAUGGAUGUUGUCCGAGCAAGAGUCCAGGUGGAGGGACGAUCGUCUGUCAUCGAGACGUUCAAGCAGCUGAUGGCAGAGGAGGGCGUCUGGGGGAUGACCAAGGGUUUGUCCGCCCGCAUCAUUUCCUCCACGCCCACGUCGGUGCUCAUCGUGGUCGGAUACGAGACUCUGAAGAGACUGAGCCUGCGUGCCGAGCUGGUAGAGUCCAGACACUGGUGAGAGGCCAGAGGAGCCUCACGCUGGGCUUUUACCUCAUCACAGCCUGGCAGGAGAUAAAGACCCUGGUCUGUCUGUCAGCUCUCUGUGCAGCUGCUCCAACAUGCCUUUUUAAGAACAGUUCUUUUUUUUUUUUUUUUUAAAUGCAGGUAUGAUGAUGCAGCAGAGUGCAGGUGCUAUUGUUUGUCUUUAGGUUCACAUGGGAGUCACAGGUCAUAUAAACUUGUUUUGUUUUUCUCGCCUGUUUCUUCCGGCCUUUAUUUGUGUAAAUGAUUACUGUGAAAGCUGGAAAAUGUAAGUGAAAACAAAAUGCUGCAUUUUGCCAAAAUUAAUUUAAAAACAAUGACACCUGUUCUUUAAAGUUGAUUGGGAAAUGAAAGUAAGGCGCCUCUGAAAGGACAGUAGACAACUUGCGCCCCUUUUGGUUUAAUGGCUCCAAUUAAUUUUUUUGCCAUGAUAUGCAACAGGACAAGGAUUUUAUGCUUUUCAGUAUCAUGUAAUUGUUCUAAGCUUUUGGACCAUCGAUGAACGUCCUGAGCUUACUUUCCCAGCUGGAUCAGUUUUUAAAAUGGAGCUACCAGUACUUGGCAGUAAAUUGUAAUGUGUGUUUUAAGAGAAUAUGUGGCUAAUUCUCUUUCAAUGUGCCAAAAUCUGGAGACACAACUGCCUUGCUUCUGCUUUUUUGAGCACAUAAAAGAGCAGUGAAAAGAAAUGAAACAAUACGGGCGUCUGUAACAUCUUUGUGACGGCCCACCAGCGGAGAUAAUGAUAUGUAUUGUGCUUUAAUGUAUUUAAUUGGCUGGUCACUGGUACUGGAAAAUGAGAUGCUAAAAAGUCAGAAGCUGAUUUUUUUUUUCUUCCAAAUACCCUUGAACUGAUGAACUGUUUCAGGACAUGAUAAAUGUAUUUCUAGAGAUGUUUGUGAAACCAGGCCCAGGGUUGUGUAGUUGGAUAGAAAGUCUUUCUGUGACGUAGCUGUCCUGGUGAUUUAUUUUCCAGCAGCGUGCAGGUAUAUGAGGAAUUCUGUGUACAGUAUCGGUGAGUUACAGUAACUGGGCCAAUCUGGCAGUUGUUUCUGCAUUUUUUUUUAAAAAUAUCUCGAUGUUGCUGUAAAGUGACUGUAUGAGGCAAAGUAGAUCUUGACGCAAGAAGAAAAGAGGUGACACCGCAGGAGAGGCUUAAACCCAUUAUUACAGACCUUCUCACAAUCUAGUUUUAUAUGAGGGUGUGCGUUCUCUCUGAAGGUGGGAAUCUAGUGUUUGGGCACCUCUACCGUUGAUCAUUCUGUUGUGUUUGAUAUAUUUUUGGAUCAUAUCGAUGAUCGUUUUAUUACAGGGCAGACGCCUAUAACCACUGGGCCAUUUUGCUGUUAAGUUAAAGCUAACAAAAAGACAGUUAAAGGCAGCAGUAACACCAGCAGACUAAACUACAACUCCAAAGUUGCCUUUUUUUUUAGUGUAAGCUGUAUCAACAAAGCUAUUGUCACUGUUAGCAGGCAGAGAGGCGCACAAGUGCACCAGCGUCUACUGCCAGAGACACACCUCAGAGGUUUGACAUUCGGUGCCCUUUUCUUUUAUAAGCUGUCAAAUGUUUUGGUGUUUGCAAACAGCACUCAGUUUGUACAACACAAUAUUCACGAGAGUAAGAGCGAUGGACGUUUCCUGCACAAUUACUGGAAAUCAAAUGGACCUUUUUUGCCUGUAUGGAGAACGUUGUGUGUUAGGCGACACCUAAAACUACCGACUGCCUGCCAUGUAUGUAUUAAAGAAAUGUUAAAAGUACAGUUUGAUGUGUUUUAAACAUUGAGAACCUGUGAAUCUAUGAAAAAAAAUAAAGACUUCUG